AUGUCAAAUAUUGCCGCUCAAGACAAGAAGUCGUCAGACAUCAAGUUGGUCGGUUGGAAAUCCACGCCCGACUCGAUGAUACCGGCUGUCGACGAUCACCGGUCGCAUAUGCUGAAACCGUCAGGAAGCGGCGAUGUCCUUAGUUUCCCGGCGGACAAGAGAUCUGUGUCUUUACCCAAUGUGGCCGUGAGUGAAAAUUCCUCGGGCGAUGCUCCCGAUAGUGAAUUGUCGUUCGGUACGUCCGCGGAGUCGCCCGUUUCGACGGAGUUGCCCGUUUCGACGGAUUCGCCAUCACGUGCCGAAACGUCUGUUUUGGCAUUGAUGCCACCUGCCACCGCAGAAGAUGACUGCUGGAUCAAAACGCCGUUAUCCGUCUCGUCGCCGUCGCCACUGGUAGAAGCCGGAGUUACGGAUACGGUAACCAGCAGAGGCCGUAGUGACGCGGGGACGGACCUGGCGGUAACAACGGCGCGUUCACUUUGGAACCGGACGAAGCUGUUCGUCAGGCGUAUAUUUUGCCGUGGUACGAUCGACCGCGCAGACGAAUAG